CCGCAGUCGCAGACAGCAGAUGGGAAGGAGUCACAUCCUGCUCUCCGUCCUUUAUGGACCUUUUCAGUCAUCAUAUUCCUCGGAAUCGUUUUGCUCCGUCAUGCAACCUGCUGAUUCUGAUGUUGGUGAUCUUUUGCAGCCGAAAUACACAAGUCGGGUCGGAGGCUCAGGCGCAGACGACACGGGAGAACAGAUGGCAGGUGAAAAAAAACGGAUUUAUUCGGAGAACAAAGGUGAGUCCAGAAGCUGAGUCGGACCAAGCUGGGUCCGAGGUGAGUCUGGGCAUGUUCCAGUCCAAGGUUUGGAUCCGAGUCCGGAGGUACUUGGAGCAGGCGGGCGGCAGGAGCGGCAGGAGGCUGCGAGGUGUCUCAGUGACUGGUGGAGACCUGACCGUGGUGGAGGGACAUGAUGUUACUUUACCCUGCAAGAUGACUCAGGAGAAGAGACUCACUCAGAUAUCAUGGAAGAGGAAGACCAGAGGAAUGCCUGGAAAUCCUUUUUUUUUCACCAUUUCAGAAGGAAACGGUCAAAGUUUUGUCGAUGGUCCUGAUCCUCGAAUCAGUUUCAUUGGACAUUUUGCAGAGAGGAAUGGAACUCUACAAAUAUCCAAUGUUUCGUUAAAUGAUGAAGGAAGCUACACGUGUAUUUUUUCUUUGUUUCCCAGUGGAAUUUACAGUACAGAAAUACCUCUAGGAGUAGAAGUCCCUCCAGCUACAAGCCUCAACUCCACCCUUCUUGUUUUGGGAAAUGAAGAAGUUCUUCUUGCCACCUGCACAGCUGCUGCCUCCCGGCCCGCUGCGCAGCUGCGGUGGAUCACUGGCGCUCUUGAGAAGAAUUUAAGGGAAACGACCAGCGUCACGGAGCACGGUAAUGGAACCACGACCACGGUGUCGUCGCUGUUUGGAGUGCCGAGGAGAGAAAUCAGCGGUCAUGAAGUGCAGUGUGUGGUCAACAGCUCGGCCCUGGCAGAAGAACACCGCGAGGCUUUCACCUUACAGGUCUUCUUUCCCCCCAUGAACGUGACCAUCGUAGAAACGUCAGACGACACGCUUGAAUGUGUUUCUGAGGGAAACCCAGAACCGAGCGUCAGGUGGACCAGAUCUAACAAGACUUUACCCGAGUCUGACUUCAGAGUUGAUGGUGGGAAGCUGACGUUUCUGCGAUGCGCUUCUGAUCUGAAAGGCUUCUAUCAGUGUGAGGUUUCAAACCCAUACGGACAACAAAGCCAGCAGGUCUACUGGACUGUAUGUUCAGGAUCCAACCCUGCUCCUUGGAUCUUAUUUGGUUUUUCGUUUUUCCUGAACGUCAUCGGUGCAGUGUGGUACUGGUAUAAAUCUGGAUACAUUACAAGAUCCAGUGGGGUCCUCAGGGUUCCGACUGAUUCCAACUCAGCAGAAAUGGUACCAGGCACUGGGAGAGGAAGGGAUUCUUCCGGCUCACAUGAAAAUGGUGAAGUUUAGCCUGUCCCUCAGUGAUGUCUGCGGCUUCCUGAUGCAAGAAGCUGAAAGCAGGUUGACUGGAAACUUGCUGUCGUCGUAUCUGUGGCUUUUAACUGAUGUAAAAUUAAAAUCUGAUUGCAGAGUUUGGCAACCUUUUAAAUUCUAGUGUAGCGAACAGCUCAAUGGUAGUUAUUCCCUAUCGGAACAAUAACAUAAAAUACGAUGAGUAAUUGGUCACCUGAAGUAAUACAGUAUCUGGUAGUCUUGUUGUAUUAGUGACCUUAAUCCUUUUCUCUCAAUAUACGUUUGUGGAAUAUUCAGUUAAAGUAAGAAAGUCAGUGUGAGUCGUGCAUACCAUAACUCUUCAUAUCAAUAAUGCAGCACUGGUUCUUUUCUCUACCUGUUAAUCAUUUAUUAAUUACUGAGUACAUUGUAGCCGUGUUGGAGCCAGAAAGCAUGUGUCCAUUAGGGUAGAUUACAGCCUUUGUUUUUUUCAUUAAACAGUUUUGAUUAUUGUUUGCAUAAUUUAGACCCUAAAAUAACUUUCAACUAAAGUCUCACGGUAAUUUACCAAAUUAUUGAUGAAGGUUAUUAAAAGUCAUUUAAAAGGUUAUCGUUACAUAUUUGCCAAAAACUUCCUUUGCUGUGGCCACAGAGCAGGAAGUACAGCAGAUGUUUGCUUUGAAAACUUGAAGCUGUGGAUGAGUAGCCCCACACAAAGCAACGGCUUUAACGGUCCAACGUCUCCUGUUUGUGUGUUUUCAACAACUGAUUGUGUCUGAGAGCGUGAAGGCUUCAGGUUACAUCGACGUGUCAGACUUCCUUUCAUGUUCGGUGCUUUGUAUAUUUCAAGCUUCUGAUUCCACGUUCCUCUAAGUUAAAAGUUGGUCCAGAAUAUUUCAGUUUUAGCCGUCAUAGUGUGAGUGUGUUCCAAAGUUGUUCUGGUUUUCUGAUCUCAGACCUGCUCAUGAAUCACUCCAGCAUUUAAGCUAGGGUCGACGAUUUUGGAAAACUAGCAUGUAGCACGAAUUUAGCAUCUCCCAAGGCUCCGCCCAGCUCCCACCCCAUUGGAGGAGCUCCUGUUGGGAGCGAACGCACUGGACGCGAAAGCGCCGCGCACGCGGAGUUUGUGAUCGCCUCCAAUGUCAUUAACCUUUCUGACUGCCUGCACACAACGUGCAUAUGAGCGCAGCACGCCUGCUCUGCUUUGUUCUAUUUUUCACGCGAGCCGCGAGCGCCGAGAGCACCUUGGCAACGCGCGUGCGCGCACCGAACCAGGGCCAGUGCACGCCAUUGAAAUGUACACGCUGGUGGAACGGCAAGGGAUUUGAUUGGUUCUGCGCCUUACGAUUGGUCGGAGUUUUUACUGUCCUGUGGCAGCUACAGUGGUC